AUGCCCCUGGUGAGCAAAGUGGGGGGAGCUGUGGAGAAGUCCCUGGAGCCCAUCCUGAUCUGGUAUUCCCUCCAGGUGUCCCCCAAGUCUGCUUUCUGUGUGCUGCUGCUGGCGCUGCUGAGGACUACGCUGGGCGGGGCCAGGCCUGGUUCUUGCAGCAUCCCAGAGAUGCUGCAUCACUACCAAGCCAUCAUCUUCCAAGAUUUGCAGGCGGCCUUGCGGCUGCGGUUACCAACCCUGAGGGCCCCACAGAGGGGGCCGGGCUCCAGACACUACGCUUUCAUUCAGAAAAACCUGACCGGAGCUGGUGGAGGGCUGGGACUGUCUGGGGCCUCCUGCGCAGCGCAGAAGGAGCGCACUAUUCUACUGUCCAUCGAGUCUCUGGCUUGGACCCUGCGCGGAGCAGUGGCGGAUGGCCGCGGGGGCCCCUUGGAGAAAGCCGCAUGGACGGUGGCCGUGAGAACAGAGGCGGUGAUGCGCCGCCACUGCUGGACGUCGCGCCAGGUGGGGAGGCGGCCCAGGAUGCGCCCCGCCCCUGCCCGGAGCCGCGGCGGCCGGAGGCGACUCUUGAUGCGCGCCCUGGGCACCGUCGCCACCUGCUGGAACAAGCUCUUCGCACUGGGCGCCACGGUUCCCCGGGGACACUAG